AUGAAGGUUUUGCUUACAGGUGAGACUGCUGAUUUCUCCAGCUAUCUAUUGAACAUUGGUGAUGGCAAACACAACGUAAGCAAGCAAAUCGAGGAGUUUGCGAUAAAACUGCCAGAUGACAUCACAGUGAACAGCGAACGAGAUUUGAUCAAUUUUGUCCUUGGUAACACAAAUCCUGACUGCCUGGCUUCCCGCUGCAUGCAUCAUCAGUCCCACAACACAGACGUAGACAGAAUCAACAACCUGAUCAUGCAGUCCUUUCCCGGAGAAGAAAAAGUCUACAGGAGCAGUGAUUCGGUGGAAGAAAAUGAACACCAAUACCCCAUCGAAUUUAUCCAUUCUCUUUGUCCGUCAGGUAUACCACCCCACAAACUGACAUUGCGGAAAGACAACAUUGUCAUAUUGCUGAGAAAUCUGGAUCCCACAAACGGCCAUUGCAACGAGACUCGAUAUGUGGAUCAACACCUUCAUCAACAUCAGCACCACAUCACAAGACGACGAUAUUGUGAGGAAAUUCUUCGUUCCCGUGCCAUUCCCUACAUGUCAAAGAUGAUGGAAUGCGGCAACAUGACAACUUCCGACCCCAUGAGGCCGUGA